GUUCGUAUAAGACCGAUAACAAGCGAAGAUUUAGUAAAUUUACCUACAAGGUUUCAAAAAUCUGUUUUAUCGACUGCACCAUACGCUCCAAAUCAAGUUAUCGUAGCCGGUGAAAAGAAACAAUAUUUUAGUUACGAUUAUGUAUUCGGUCCUGAUUCGACUCAAAAAGAUGUAUAUGAUAGAGCCGUCUUAAAAUUAAUCGAUAAAUUCUUAGAAGGAUAUAAUGUAACUAUAUUGGCAUACGGUCAAACAUCAUCGGGUAAAACAUUUACGAUGGGUACUUCUGAUAAUGAUUUAAUAGAUCCUGAUGAUAAAGGAAUAAUACCAAGAGCUGUUUCAACUUUAUUUUCUUCAAUGGAAUCUGCUCAAUAUAAAACGAGAAAAUUUUCAAUCAAAGUUUCUUUCAUUGAAAUUUAUAAUGAAGAUUUAAUUGAUUUACUUGGUGAAGGUGAUGGUGAAUCAAGACCACAAGUUUUGAUUAGAGAAGAUUCGAAAGGAAAUAUUUUAUGGAGUGGGUUACAAGAAAUUAAAGUCAAUAGCGUUGAAGAAGUUAUUUCACAUUUGACACGCGGUUCAUUAAAUCGUCAAACCGGUGCAACAGAUAUGAAUGCUAAAUCUUCUAGAUCCCAUGCUAUUUUUUCUGUAACAUUAGCACAACAAAAAUUUAUAUCAUCUGGUGGAUCAAGUCCAUCACCUCAACCAGAUCAAAAAUCUGGUGUAAGACCUCCAUCAAGGUCAAAUUCUAGAUUAAGUAGAAGGUUUGAUGAGGGUGAAUGGGUUUCCGUUACAAGUAAAUUUCAUUUUGUUGAUUUAGCUGGUAGUGAGAGGUUAAAACGUACAUCUGCGGUUGGUGAACGGGUUAAGGAGGGGAUUUCAAUUAAUUCGGGUCUUUUGGCUUUGGGAAAUGUAAUUUCUGCUUUAGGUGAUCCAAAUAAAGCAAAACAUACUACUCAUAUUCCAUAUAGAGAUUCAAAACUUACUCGCCUUCUACAAGAUUCUCUUGGUGGUAAUGCACAAACUUUAAUGAUUGCUUGUGUAUCUCCAGCUGAAUAUAAUCUUGUUGAAACUGUUAAUACAUUAAAAUAUGCUAAUCGUGCUAGAAAUAUUAAAAAUAAUGCUACUAUAAAUGCUGAAGAAGCUGGUUGGAAUGAUGUAGAACAUUUACAAACUUUAGUAAUGAGAUUAAGGAAUGAAAUUAAAAUUCUUAAAGCUGCUACUGGUGUU